AAAUUUGUUAGGCUUCUUCAUUUUUUUAAUUUUGUUUUCCUAAUUUGUUAUCUCGUAUUUAUUUUGAGAUCACUUUUAUAUAUAAUAAUCACUUUGUUGUAUUUUCCAUUCAUAUUUUUUUCGUUUGUCAGUUUAGGCUAAAAAAUAUUGACUUCCUUAUUUUCUUAAUUGCUUUAGGCCUAUUUUAUUAUUUUUAAUGACACUUUAUAGACUCUUUCUAAAAACUUCAAACAAGUUUAUUCGUUCGUUCGAUUCGCUUUGACUUCAGAACGCGUUUUAAUGUCAUAAAUGUUUGACUCAAAGCGUCCCGGUGUCCGUGGCGACUUGUUGCAGUCUUGUGUCACCUCGUCAUAUCUCGGCAAUCGACAUAGCCGUUAAUGUGCGCAGAGAUGCGCGGGUGAUGCAUAUGAUUUGGCCGCUGAUGGAUGGAGUUUGAAAGGCGCAUCAGCUCCGCCACCGCUCACCCUCAAAUUAACCAAAUGCACCGUGACACAGCCGCCCGGGGCCGCUCCGGGAUAACCAGGUUACAGCAGGCGCAAAUUCCCGCUGAUCUGCACCGGCAGACAGAAAUAAAAGAAAGACGGAGAGAGAGAAAGAAAGAGAGAGAGGGGUUACAGGGUCAGAAGUCAAACGCGCUCGGAGACCCCAAACAAAUACCAUGUUCUUUUAUUCAUGAUUUAUAUCAAAUGCAUACAUACACACAUAGCCUGCAUUUUUUUUAUUUGUGAUGAUAGUAAUAGACAUGAUAUAAAUAAUGCGUUUAUAUUUAAUUUUAUGCCACGAGCAUUAUUAUUAAAUUAAUUGACAAAACUAAACUAAAGCGCCUGUACGCACAGGAUUUUUAAACAAAAGUGCAUAAAAAUCAAUAAAUUAAUCAUAUUUAAUAGUCCGAUAAAUAAUCCAAAGAUUUUUGGUCUGAUUUGUGAAGAAUCCGAUUAUGAACAGCAGGUUUUCACGCGUGUCACUUCUGAUAAAAACUAACUGCUCCUGUUCAAAUGAACAAAGACAAUCAUCAAUAAUUCAUCUGAUGUUUUAAAUCUGAACUACUCGUGUUUAUUUGAUUUUAUUCCAUUUAAAGCUUGCACGAGGUGAUGCAGUUGUGUUUUCUUCGUGGUCUGAAAUCAAAGCCAUUAUUGCUGAAAUUAAAUUAAAGUUCAUCUCACACUACCACCAGAGCCAGAUUAAAGCUAAAACAAUCCCACAAUUCAUUUACCAUCAGCUGAAAUGGACCUAUUUACCCAGUCAUGAAAAGUUGCCCAUUUUCGCCUUAAUGAAAUUACUUUUAAUAGCCACUAAUAGUCAUUUAUUUAGAGUUGUAUUUGUUGUGUGAUUCGGCGCGUGACCGAUACUCUGCUGAACAGAAAAACUCCGAACACUAGAGAAAUAUGAACAAACGCUCAGGAUUGAUCUAAAUGUCCAGUGGGCAGCUAGAAGAAAAACACGUCAAAUGGACCAGAAGAACUCCACGAAAGCAUCUCUGUAGUGGAGCAAUAUCUCACGGGCGCGCGCGCAGGCAGAUGCAGAUGGAUAGAGUUUAAUGCAGAGGUGCAUUAGAGAUGCGCGCUCAGAGCAGAGGGGAGGAGGCUCUCUAAACUCGCACAUUGUCAUGCAAACAGAGACCACCGCCUCGCCAUUGUCUCGCGGCCAGCAACUUUAUUAUAAACACACCACGACCCGCCCGGGCGCAGCAGAGCACCGGCUCACCGACACCGACGGGACGCACACUGGAUACUGCGCGCUGACAAGACACCAGCCCAGAGAAGAGAAGAGAAUAUACAGCUGGAUCUGAGAGUAGAGACACAUACAGGACAGGACACCCGUGACGCUCCGUUAUUACUGUUCACCGAACCGACGGCAUCUCGAACCCGGAGCACCUGGCGUCUCCAUCCGUCCUCCACAUGUACAAAAUGGAUUACUCGUAUCUGAACACUUAUGAUUCGUGUAUGGCGGCGAUGGAGGCGUCUGCGUACGCGGACUUUAACUCGUGCAGUCAGACCAACACCUUUCAGUACAACCCCAUCCGGACCGGCUUCGGAUCGAACCCGGGAUGCGCACCGCUCGCCUCGGCCAGCUGCACACUGGGCGCGCUGAGGGAACACCAGCCAGCGCCUUAUUCCACAGUGCCCUAUAAGUUUUUUUCGGACCCGUCCGGACUGAAUGAGAAGCGCAAGCAGCGGCGGAUCCGCACGACCUUCACGAGCGCGCAGCUGAAGGAGUUGGAGCGCGUGUUUGCAGAGACGCAUUACCCGGAUAUUUACACCCGAGAGGAGCUCGCGCUCAAGAUCGACCUGACCGAGGCCCGAGUACAGGUUUGGUUCCAGAACAGAAGGGCCAAAUUUCGCAAGCAAGAACGUGCAGCAAAUUCUAAAGCAGGAGCGUCUGGCAGCAGUUCCAGCAGCAAAAAAUCUGGAGAGAACCGUUCUUCAUCUGAUGAUGAUGAGUCCAAAGAGCCCACAUGCAGCCCGACACCCGACAGCACGGCGUCUCUCCCCAGCUCUGGAAACAUGGGGAGCCCCGGGGCGAGCAGUCUGAGUCCCAGCCCGGUCUCUGGUUCUUCCUCCACCUUCACCAACUCCUCCAUCUCUCCUUCUAUCCAUCAGGGUCUCAAGACCUCACCGUGGCCCAGCAUCGGGUCCGGAGCGGGCGGUGUCACCCAGAGCCCAGACCUGCUGAAAGCUUGGCAGCCCGCAGACAGUAUGGCAGCCGGUCCGUUUGCUGGGGUUCUGUCUUCAUUUCACAGGAAACCGAACACAAUCAAGACCAACCUCUUCUAGAGACUCGGCUUCAUCUGAAUGUCUCUCUCUCUCUCUCUCUUUCUGUGUCACUUCAUCUAUUCCUGCAUUCAUUUUUCUCUUUUGUUUCGAGCUGGACUCCUCCUGUUCUUUAAUUUAUUGUCAUGUUUAACUUGUGAGCGCUUCAUGUAUGUUUGUGUGUAUGUGUGUGGAUAGAUUUUGUUGUUCAUGUCAUAUUUGGGACUGUGAUAUCUCUUCUUCUGUUUUACGGUGCAGAAUUUGUCAAACCAUAGACGCCUUACAGAUCCACCGCUUAAAUGAAAGCAUUUUUACUUGGAUCGAGAUUCAUUUGUUCAACUAAAGAAACGAACUGAAGUGUAUCUCACAGAUGUUUUCAUUAAUGAUCAAAUCAUUUGGUUUCUCAGUCCUGAAUAUAAAGAGGGGCUUGUUGCCAGAUCUCACUAUAAUAACUCAUUCAUUCAUUCAUUCAUUCUCAUGAUCUUUGCGCAGGAUCAGUGCUGUGUCAUCAUGCAGAUCUUUAUUCAAGCUCUCAAGGUUUGUCUUGAUGCAGUUCAAACUGUGUGCGUUUGUUUGUUUGUUUGUUUGUUUGUGUGUGACCCCAAAAACAAGCCUAGUCAAGCCACUUGUAGUUAUUUAUUAAAAGAAAAAAAAAUGUUGGGAUGGUCAGAAGAUUUUUUUAAGCCUUUUCAAAUGAAACAAACAUAUUUUGUAAAUAUUAAUAUAAAUACUCUGUAGUUUCUUUUAUUUUUUAUUUUUAAGGUAAUCUGGCUCAGUGCACGCCAUGUGUUUAAUGAAUGACUGCUGUAUAUAAUC